UAAGAGAGCAAAGCGAUGUGGACAAGGAAUAUUUUCAAGAAAUAGUUAACGGUGCAUAUCUACAAGAAUAUAUGGGUGUUUUGGCAUUAAAUGCUGAUUUGGGUAUUGGUGUUUCGGUAAUAAAUCGAAAUAUUGCUUUUGGAAUGUUGUACCGAAGAGAUUUUCCUGUUAAAUGUCGGAAGGAAAAGAAAAAAGUUACAACGACGGCUAAGAUUAUAAAACCAAAUACGGUCAGCAUUGUGAAACCUGAAUUUGGAAUGACAAGAAAAAUAAAUAGCAUAAUGCCAAUAACUAUGAAAACAAGAACGACCACUGCUUUGACGACUUAUAAACCAAGGACAAGUACUGCCUUCACUCCGAUUGAUCAGUGCAAAUUCUUUAACAAUUCAAAAUUAAUCGAGAAGUACGCCUGCAAGUAA